AAAGUUAAUAAAGAAAAAAAUGAUCUUAUGUUAAACAUGCCUGAUGAUUCUGAGUUAGACGAAUACGUAACAUAUUCAAGUAAAUUAAGAGAAAUUCCUAUUCUUCCUAUCGCACGCAAGAGUGUUGUCAUGGGCACAACAUGGACAUUUAAACCUACGUCUAAACAUAGUUUUGUGCAGCUUUGUGCUUCAAGAAUGGUUGAAAGAUUUGGUAGAGAUUAUGCUAAUUAUGAAGAAAUAUCGAUAGAAUUCAAAAACAUAGAGUACAAUAAUAAUAGUGCUUAUGAAAAUAAAGAACAAAUAAAUAAAGAAGGUUGGAUUAUUAUUUUUACAAAUAUUUUUG